ACAGGUCCCCAAGCACCUGGGUAACUUGGCACAUUGCAGACCCAUAACUCUCCCCAACUUAGUGAGUUACAGGGCGAUGGGGGCAGUGACAGCCCUCGAGGGCAGGGGAGUUAUACGGCAUCUGUGUGCCCUCACUGCACCAGGCUCCUGUGGCUCAUAAAACGUGUGCCUGGUGCUCCCAAACGCUGGAUGCCGUGUUUCACAGCUGCCUGCCUGCCUGCCUGCCCUCAGUGGCCCCUCCAUCCUUCAUGCUGUCCAUUGUGGGGCUGUUGUAGCCCUGAUGUGGCCCUUGACACGAUGCUGGUGAUGAGCUUUUUGAGGCAGCGGUGGCACAAUGCAGCAGGAGGCAGAGGGCGGCCGGCUGCGCCGCAGGAAGCCCGACAUGGCCCUCUACGUGCCCAAAGCACGGCGGGAGAGAGCGGCACAAGUGGCGGGUGACACGCUGGCCGGGCCCCGCCACGAGCCCAAGAAUCAGCACGUGGUGCAGGACACUUGCCGGGGCAGCAGCGAUGGGCAGAGGCGAAGCCCCCAUGCCAGGACACAAGUCGGCAGAGUGGUGAGGAGGGAGAGCAAGGUGGAUGGUGACGCGAAGGAGCCGCGGGCAGCCUCGGCUGGGCACUGCCAGAGACCAAGACACAGCUGCUCCACCACGCUGGAGGGCUCAGGGGCAUCACCCAGCGUGCAGGAGCCGUGCCUGGGCCUGGCUGUUUCCCAGCCCUCAGAUGGGCAGGAAAAAGCAUCCCAUGAUGAAAGACUCGGAGAGCUCAGCCAUGGUCACAAGAUGAUGAGGACUGAGACUGACCCUCUGUCCCCACCAAGUGCCCAGCCUGAGGCCAUGGAGGCUACCCCUGAGCCUGGAGGUGACCUUGCUAGCCCAGCACCCGCUGCUGCUAGCCCAGUGCUGGUGUGUCGGACAGGGCUGAGCGGCAUACUGGAGCAUUUGGGAGACAACAUCCCGGAUCCAGCCAGGGACCUCUCCCAGCACCCAGGAGAGGAUGUCCUGCUCCUGGCAGCACCAGGGAACCAGGGCAGUGUGCCAGGGCGGGUGUGGGAAGAUGUGGGUUUGAAAGUCCAGGAGGAGGAGAUGGAGUGUGGGAGGUCUCUCCUGGCUGGGCAAAACAAGAGUUGUGCCACUGGGGUGCUAGAGGAAGAGGAGGAGGAGAGGUGGGGAGGCACUGCCAAGCUCACCAGGGAGAGCACCUUGGAUGCACCAGGAGGAGUCAGUUGUGAACACGAGUGCUCAAGGGGUGGCACAGGCGAUGCACCAGUGCUUCCAGGGGAGAGCACCCCAGAGCAGGGCAUUGUGAGCCCAUCCCAGCUCCUGCCUUGCAGGGAGGAGAGCACUGGUUGUGCCGAGCAUCCCACUGGGGAGGACGACCCGGUGCCUGCUGCAGAGGAGGUGGGCAGCACCUCUGCCUGCCUCGAUGGCAGUGCCAGGGCUGAGCAUGACCUGCUGGCUUCUGAUGAGGAGCUAGAGAGCAGUGUGCAGGAGGGGGCAGACCCAGAGAGCUGCAAGCCUCCUCUGCCCCUGGAGUUGCUGUGCCACGGUGUAGAGGGACUCUCGCCCAUGGCCUGGGACAAGGAGCCAGCAGGGGCAGCCAGGGCCGUGGGCUCACUGCAGCAGCGCUGCAGCAGGCAGGAGGCUGAAGAGGAGGAGGAACAUCUCCACAGUGAUUCCCUAAAGGCAGAGCAGACCAGUGCUGGGAUCCAGAGCCAGGCCAGCCCAGGUGUCGAGGAGAGCUGGGACGCGCUGUUCAAUGAUGACGGGGACUGCCUGGACCCACGUCUGCUGGAGGAGCUCUCAGGGGGAGAGAAGUGCCAGGAGAGCCAACAGUCACCCCGCUUCAACUACUAUGGGGCUGAGCCCGCUGCACUGGACCUCAGCGACGAUGAGCUGCCACAUGUCAUCGAGAUCUAUGAUUUUCCCUCUGAUUUCCGCACUGAAGAUCUGCUACGUGUGUUCUGCAGCUACCAGAAAAAAGGCUUUGAUAUUAAGUGGGUGGACGAUACACACGCCCUGGGCAUCUUCUCCAGCCCCAUAACAGCACGUGAUGCCCUCAGCACAAAGCACCUGAUGGUGAAGACACGCCCGCUCUCACAGGGCACCCGUGCCUCUAAAGCCAAAGCCAGGGCCUACGCUGACUACCUGCAGCCGGCCAAGGAGCGCCCUGAAACGUCGGCCGCCCUGGCCAGGCGGCUGGUGAUCGGUGCCCUGGGUGUACGCAGCAAUCAGACGCCAGCCCAGCGAGAUGCCGAGCGGAGGAAGCUGCAAGAAGCCCGGGAGAGAAAGCGCCUGGAGAACAAGCAGCGGGAGGAUGCCUGGGAGGGUCGGGACUGAACCAGGAGGCUGCACCCUCUGCCCCACAGGGAACCCCUUUGAGGUGCCUUGGCCCCUCUCUGCAGGCAGGCAGAGCUGGGACGGGUCUUGCAGUGCACUGAAAAGCACCGGGCUGCUCCUGGUUGGUGGACAGUGGGCAGUCUGGUUGGUGCCGUGCUGUUGCCCUGACCUGACAGGACUCCUGGUGCUGCCACGGGAGCAGCAGCAGGACGCGGGGAGCUCGGCAGCAAACACGUGGGGCUGUGCAGGGCGGCCCAUGCCACUUGGCAGGGCCUCAUGAGAAAGUUUCUGUCUUUUAUUUUGCUAAUAAAUACCAUUUAUUUAA